AGGUUAUAUAAACCUCAACAAUUGAUUGCCAUUCAAACCAGUUAACUGUAACAUGGCGAAAUAUUUGCCUCGCUCCAUCGACAAUUUCCCGAUAAUCGCCAGGCUCGCAUCGUUGCUGUUGAUCGUUGGGCUCGUCGCCGCCGGCGACCUUUCGCCCCCCGCGGAAUUCCACCAGCUGACGCAGAAACCCCCCGUGUUCGAUGACUUCAAGAGGAUCACGUUCGAGGUGCGCGGCUCGAACGUCCGCGACGGCCUCAGGAUCAAAGCGACCAAGGACCGAUUGGCGAGAAAUAGUGAAUGCAAGGACUAUUUGGGCGCCCCGUACAACAUCAGCGCUGUGAAAACGUUCGAUGGGGGCUCGGGGCUGUUCGAGCUGAGCGUGCCGCGGGCCCUGCGGGGCGACGUUUAUUUGUGCUUGCCGAGACAGGUGCGGGACUUCGGCGGGAAGAUCGGCGAUUUUCGCGAGAGCCUGGCGUACCGGUGGUACCAUCAGGGGCCCGAUAUCCGGAUAAACGUUACCGCUGAUAAGCAAUUCGAUUUAUCUCUUCAAAGAAGAGAACUGCCGCAGCAAUUACCUUCGUUCGAUAAUGGAACGAAAAACACCAUCAAGAUAUUGGGCCUCCGUCUGGAGCACGCCUACAAACAUCCGGAUUUCGACGAACAGGGCGUCCCGGUGAUCCUCGCCUACAAGGAUAACCUCUUCCGUAUAUUCGGCGAAGGACUGACCAAAUCCAUGUUGAUCACCUUCACCACUAAACAAGGCGAUUGCUUAUUUCCAAUAAGCAGCGUAUUCAGCGUGGAGAAUUCGAGUUUCACCAGCGAGACCGCCUUGGUGACAUUGAACCUGCCGCCGUUGAGCGGCUACGAAGAAACCUACUACAUUUGCGCCAAAGACGCCGACGACGGCCCCAACAAGCUGUUCGAUCUCCAAGGCACCGAGUUCUGGCACCAAGUCAAGUCCUUCGACAAGCCGAUACCCCUGUGGGGUUCCAUCAUGAUCAUCAUCCUGUGCCUGAUGUUCUCCGCUCUCUUCUCCGGCUUGAAUCUCGGCCUCAUGUCGUUGGACAAGACCGAUUUGAAGAUAUUGAGCAACAUCGGUACGCGCGCCGAGAAGCGGUACGCCCAAGCCAUACAGCCCGUGAGGAAUCACGGCAACUAUUUGCUCUGCUCCAUUUUGCUGAGCAACGUUUUCAUCAAUUCGAUCUACACGUUGUUCCUCGACGAUCUCACGUCCGGAUUCAUCGCCGUCAUUUUCUCCACGCUGUCCAUCGUGUUGAUCGGCGAAAUCGCACCGCAGGCCAUUUGUUCCCGUCACGGUUUGGCAAUCGGCGCCAAAACCAUCUACGCGACGAAAUUCGUCAUGUUAUUGACGUUUCCAUUGGCUUACCCGGUGGCGAAAAUAUUGGAUUACAUCCUCGGAGAGGAAAUCGGAAGUGUCUACAACAGGGAGAGAUUGAAGGAAUUGAUCAAGGUGACGACCGGCAACAACGAGCUGGACAAAGACGAAGUGAACAUCAUCAGCGGCGCCCUGGAACUGUGCAAAAAAUCCGUGGCCGACGUGAUGACGCGCAUCGAGGACGUCUUCAUGCUCGACUACGAGGCCAUAUUGGACUUCGAAACCGUCUCGGAGAUCAUGAAGAGCGGCUUCUCGCGCAUACCCGUCUUCGAAGGCAACCGGCAGAACAUCGUCACCAUGUUGUACAUCAAAGACCUGGCGUUCGUCGAUCCCGACGACAACACGCCGCUAAAAACGCUGUGCCAAUUCUACCAGAACCCUUGCAAUUUCGUGUUCGAAGACGUCACGUUGGACGUCAUGUUUAAGAUAUUCAAAGAAGGUAACAAGGGUCACAUGGCGUUCGUGCAUCGAGUGAACAACGAAGGCGAAGGGGAUCCUUUCUACGAAACCAUCGGUUUGAUAACGCUCGAGGAUGUAAUCGAGGAGCUGAUCCAAGCGGAGAUUAUGGACGAAACGGACGUGUUCACUGAUAAUCGUUCGAAGAGGAAACGCCACCAGGCCGAAAGACGCCAAGACUUCACCGUGUUCGCCGAGAAACGAGGCGAGCCCAGCAAGAUGAGAAUCAGCCCGCAACUCACACUAGCCGCCUUCCAAUACCUCAGCACCAGCGUUGAAUCGUUCAAUCCCAACGUGAUCUCCGAGACGAUCCUGCGCCGGCUACUCAAGCAGGACAUCGUCAUACACAUCAAGAAGAACAAAGACUGGCGCACCGAUCCCAGUAACGUGAUCUUCGAUCAAGGGAAACCCGUCGAUUUCUUCGUCAUCAUCCUGGAGGGGCGCGUCGAGGUGACCGUCGGCAAGGAGAGCCUGAUGUUCGAAGGGGGCCCGUUCACCUACUUCGGCACGCAGGCGUUGGUCCAAACCGUCGGCAUCGAAUCCCCGUCGGUGGCGCCGUCUACGAUGGGCAGUUUGGAAUCGAUCAACAUCGAUUCGAUGUUGCGGCACACGUUCAUACCGGAUUACACGGUGCGAGCGAGCACCGAGGUGUUGUAUUUGAAGAUCAAGCGCAGCUUGUAUUUGGCGGCGAAAAGGGCCACUCUGAUGGAGCGCUCGAAGAAGGGCGAGAACCAAAGCGAUCAGCAAUUCGACGAGGAAGUCGAUAAACUGCUGCACUCGUUGGACGAGGACGACGCGAGCGUCGGUCGGCAGACGCCGCGCCGCAAAUCGACCAGGAAAUCCCAGCAGGAGAUAAACGUGAAUUCAUCGACGCCGGCUCAGCAGGCGAGCCCCUGCAAGGCCCCGGCGCCGACGCCUAUGGGUUUCGGCCCGACGCAGCGGCUGGUCGGCGUCGGCAUCGGCGUCGCCGGCGACGCCAACGGCUCGGUGAAAUCGAGCCCCAUCGACGACAUACAGAUCGUCAAGGACGACGAGGCUUCCAUGUUGUUGCCGAAGAGGACGUAACGGCUUUUUGCCGGCCUCAAAGUGUUGCUUUAGGGCCGGUUUUCGCACGUUUCGAGUGGAUCGCUUUACACCAUAUACCUAUUACUAAUGUACUGCUAACUCCCUAUCUAUUCCAUGAGAGAAAAUCGUAGCGAUUAAAGAGAGAGAUCCGACCCUCUGUGGUGUGCUUAGUCGUUUAUACGCAAGCGCGUUAAUUUUAAAAGGACCAAUAGCGAGUAGCUGAGGCCUAAAAAGAAAAGAAGGAAAAUAAUACUUGAAAUCGUGGUUAAAUUCGGUAACCUGACAUAUUUACACAGGCAAGUCAAAGUCGAUUUUAAAAAUAUAUCAAAAAAUAUACCAAAAUAAAAGCUAGCAUGUUUCUGACGUUUCAUUUGCUGUGUCAAAAGUAGCCAAUCAAGAAAUCUUUCACUUGAGCAUGCGCAUAAAUAAGCAAGCACACCACAGUAUAAUGUUUGCUACGGGUUUUAGACCAUUAUAAGCGGUAUAGUAGUAAUAGGUAUAUGCUUUACACACAAAAACCCCCCCC